AUGGUAGCCCCGCCCACAACCCCCCGAAAAGCCGCCGCCGACCCAGACGACAACAUCCCAUGCAAGACGCCCUCACCGCGCUCGUCAGCCUCGCAGGCACCCCCGAACCCCCGCCACAACGAGGAGGAAGGAACACCGCGGGUAAACCCCCAUGCGAACGUGUCGAGCCACCCCUUCAAAGGGUUCGGGCUCAAGUUCAUGAAGAAGGCUGGCGGUCAUGGCGGCGACGACCUCGACGACCGGCUCCACAGGAAGACGAAGGAGCAGAUGGAGCGGGCCAAGAAGCUGGACCUGGGCCCUGCGCUGGGCCCGCACGACACGGUCAAUGUGCGCGAGCGGGUCAGGAAGUGGCAGGCUGCCGGGGGGGGCGUUGUGAAUGGGGACCCUGUUGAGAUGCCGCCGAUCACGCCGGCGACACCGUCGCCUCCGGCAGCAAGGAAGAGGGGCUUGUCGACUGCGACGGCUGAGACGGAUCAUUCGCCGCUAGUUCCGCCAGAUGUCAUCAUGAAGGAGCUGCGAGAGGGGUGGGAGAGCGCUUCUGACGCUGAUAAGCAAGCGGAGCGAAGGAGAGCGAGGAGUAAGGAGCGGGAACGAAAAAUGAAGCGUCGGAGAGACCGGGAGAGAGGGCUUAAUAAGGACUCAAGCGUGGGCGCUCAAACUGAGUACGAGGUGGAGGUCAUGUUUGGCUCGGAAAAAGAGGCUACCAGUGGUGUCAGCAAAAGCAUAGUCUAUGACGACGACGGCAUAAGGAUAACGCCCGUACGUGUCAAACGACGAGGCUCCGGGAGUCGGAAGAAGAAGAAGAAGGACAAAGCAGCGGCAGUGGAGGUGCAGACCGACAAUGACGGCGGCGGAGGCGUGAAGGUCGAGCCCGAAACCGAGGUCGAGGAAGAGGGCGGCGGUGUGAAGGUAGAGGUUAAGGCCUGGGAACACGAUGAUGGCAUCCGAAUAUACACCACCAAGCCCAAGACCCCCGUACCAAAAACUCCAGUCUUCGCAAGGGUCCAGGGAGGUACCCGUCAGAAUUCGGUCCGGAAGGGCGAGAAGAGCGUUCGCGCACGGAAGGAAGAGUUCGAGGCGGAGAUGAAACGGGAGAGGAAGGCCACAAAAGAGUUUGAGGGGCUGGUCAAACAGCAAGAGGCAGAUGAGGCCGAGGAGAAGCUCAAGGAGGAGAAGCUUAAAGAGGAGAGGUUGGAACGCGCCAAGAAAUACGAAGAUGCAACCUCUUCGAAAGACGAUUCAAAUAACAACAUUGAAGGUUCCACAAUUGUAGGGGACACUGAAUCGGCAAAGAAGAAGUGGGAAGAAUUCAACGAUGAUGACGGCAUCCGGGUCAAGCCAUUGAAGAAGGGACGCCGAAAGAAGGGCGCCUCAUCGGAAAAGCUGAAGAGUGAAAGGGAGGCCAGCAUCCCCGAAGAAAGCAUCGCAGAAUCAGAGACGGAGAUGGAACAGGAAAAGCUAGAGGAACAGCGGCGGAGGGAACGUGAACUCUCUGAGAUUGAAAGCGAGCGUCUACGCCAACAACGCCAAAAAGAUAGAGAGAAGCUCGAGAGGGAGCGUCAACGUGUGCGUGAGCUCGAGAAGCUGGAGCAGGUCCGUUCACGUGAGCGUGAAAACGAAAGGCUUGAAAUGGAGCGUGAAUUGGAGGUGGAGAGAGCGGAAAAGGAGCGUCUGCACCAAAUCGAGCUGGACAAACUUGAGAAGGAAAGAAAACGUCAACGGGAACUCGAAAAAGCGCUAGAGAAGGAAAAAUUGAAAAGGGAGAAAGAAAAGAUACGACUGCGUGAAAAGGAGCGGGAAAUGGAGGCAGAACGGAAACGUGAACGGCAGCGGAUGAAGGAAAGAGAAAAAGAGCUGGAGAGAGAACGAGAUAGGGAAAAAGAAAAAAUGAAGGAGAAGGAAAGGCAACGGGAGAAAGAGCGAGAGCGAGAACGGGCACAGGAGCGCGAAAGAGAGAAAGAAAUGGAGAGGGAGAGGGGGCUUUUACGUGCCAAAGAAAAGGAGCUAGAGCGCGAGAGAGAACGUGAGAUAAGGCGGGUGAGGGACAUGGAAAAUCAACGGGAGAUGGAACGGCAACGGGAAAGGGAAAUGGAAAAAGAGAUGCAGAGACGAAGGAACGAAAAACGCAGGAGAAGGGAAGCUGAAAGGCAAAGGCCUGCUGGUUCCGGAUCCGAAUUGGAUGAGGAUUCUGCAUCAGAGCCUGAGUCCGCGCCCUUUAAGAGUACAAAAACAACUCCAAGGCCUCGAACCCCCGAAGACCCAUUAAUGGAAUUUCUCAGGAAGGCGGCAAAACGAGGCAGCCCACGUCUUUCAAAAGAUAGGAGCUCUCUCGACGAUAAGAGCGAACAAACAUCGCAUAGAGACUCGACCGCACCCCUUGAAUCUCCGAAGCGGUGGGAGUCACGGAAAGAGAAGAAAACGAGAAGUGCUUCCGCUACGCCAACACCGAGUACCCCGUCUCCCAAACCAGCUGAGGAGGAGAAUUCCCCGCCCCCAACUCCGGGCUUUACAAACGAAGACCCCCCCGAAACCCCUACCAUUCCUAAUAGACCAAAGAGAACCAAAACUAAGAGCAAGAGUUCGAUUCAUCCUCCGGAAGCAGAUAGACCAACUGGUAUAUCAUCUAGGUCGGUUUCCUCUCAAGAAGACGUAUCAUUGAAGGCGAAACAACCAAGUGUAAGGUCCACACCUCAACUAGAUGAGAAUUCCACCGUCAAGGAUACAGCAGAAGAAAGACCCUCUACAGCUCGGUCAGAUGGAUCUUCCAGAUCAUCACGAUCAUCUGUACUUCCUGCCAAUAAUCUCCCGCCGAUGCCAUUGAGCCCGCCAGCUGUAAAGCCUCUUAAUCUUUCUCCGAAAAAGAAAAAAAGCGAUAGCGGGAACCUUCUACCAAAGGUUUCAUCAGCAGCUAGCUCCUUCUUUAAAGCCGUUAAGGAAGAAUUUCAGGCUGCUUCUGCGCGGGCCAAUGAACCAUCUUCCCCAUCUUCUUCUUCAAGCGAUUCUUCGAGUGAUGGUGAGAGUAUAACAGAUGUUAUGGAACGUCGGACAGAAGCGCCAACUAGGGAGAAAUCUGUGUCCAGGCCAAAGAAGGAAGAUACUGAAUCUGAAUCGGACUCCGAGUCGGACACAGAAUCUGAGUCGGAGGUAGAAGUCAAGGAGAAGGUAAAGGUAGAUGACAAGAAACCGGAGGUGAAGGAAGAAGAGCCGGAAGCACCCGAAGAGAAACCUGUAUCCAGGUCUUCAUCGCUGAAGAAUAGCCUCAAACUUCAAGACAUUCCAUCACUUCCCUUCCCACGAAGAAGUCUUCGCAACUCUACCUCCCCGCCCAGACCUAAAAGCCACAACCGGUCGCGCACCGAAGGGUCGAUCAAAUCUACUCGUUCUGUUUCUCAGGAUUCGGCUUCCAUGGUUGGGUCUGAACAUGCGAGAACAAUUUCACUUUCUUCCGUGGCUACAGUUAAGCCUUUAAAUAUCACGCCAAGGCCAACUCCCGUACUAAAGUUUGAUCCUGUUUCUCCCCCUCCCCAGCCACAGCCACAACCACGAUCACAACCACAGCAGAAGAGACAUGUGGAAGUGCAAUCUGUCCCGGAGAAGGAUGCUCAAGAAGAGACCUACACACCAAGUAUCCUCUCGAAAGGCGGCAGUUUGAAACGCAAGUUCACCAAACAUGAAGACCUUAUCUCCAUCCUUUCGGCGCCAAAGCCUGGCAAAAGCCUCCGAUCUGCGGCCCGGUCCAGAAGCCAUCGUACUAAGGGCAAGAAGGCAAACAGAAAAGUUUCUACACUCACUGUCACUGACCUCAUGGAUGAGAUUGCAGCAGAAGAGGUGAGGUAUAUGAGGGAGCUUCGAACAUUGGUUGAAGAUGUUGUUCCUGUGCUUUUUGCAACUGUCCUUGAGCGAGCCGAUGAUGUGGUAAGGAGGAGAUCCUUAAACCGUGGUCGCGGCCAUGAGUAUAGUCCUUGGAAUGCAUUUGGAGCAAAUCCAACCAGACCAAUAGUGGACAUGGGUAUCUCCCUUGAACGCCUUAAAACCAUGCAUGAAAAGAUGCCGAAGAACCCAGAUGACCUUCUCAUUUGGGCCAGAGACGUAAAGAAGGUAUAUGAGGAGUACUUGACUGUUUGGCGCAUGGGAUUCCAGGAUGUAGUCGUGACUCUAGUUUCCCAUGUUGAAGAGGAGUUCGACGAUGAGGCCUCCCAAAAACAAAGAGAUGAUGCUGCAAGGAAGGACUUGGAGCUGCUUUACAGCUUCGGGGUAGCUCCACUCACUCCUUCUCCAUUUGAGGGUGAUCCUUCAACCUGGGCCAUGCCGCCUCCACCACCUCCAGAGCUUGAGGAAGAGGAGGAGAAGGUUGAUGUAGCGUUCUUACUGAAGAGACCUCUUGUAAGGUUGAAGAUUUUGGCCAAGCUUUUUAAGCGAAUCAAUAUGCUUUGCCCUUCUCCACUUGCGGUCUCGCUCGCAUCUUCAUUUCAUUCGUUGGUCACCAUGGCCCGCCGGAAGAUUGCUGAAGAGAAGGCACGCAUUGAAGAUGAGGCAGCGGCUUCAAUAGACGUUGAAAAGGCAUGCGAAAUAUACAGCUUACUGACCAAACCCGACGUUUAUUUGGAUCCAUCCAAACGAGUUCGGGCACGUGAUAGCUUCUGGAUGAAACUUUAUCAUUCCUCUGGACGUGUGAUACAGAGGAGUGUUGAAUUGAUUCUCCGGGACCCAGCUGUGAAGGGCAGACCACAUGGAGCUGAAAUUCUCAUCUGUGAAUUUGGUGCUGGUGCGGAAAAGUGGUUGCUCUUUACACCUAUCCCCCUUGCUGCUAUUUCUGCCAGGACGGGUGAUGCAGCUGGCGAAAUCGUUGUGAUGGUUAGAGGGGCCGUGGGAACGCCGGAGGAGUGGAAGCAGGUUCUUGUUUUGCAGUCUGCCACAGCGGCGGGCUUUGAGUGGGUCCAGAUGCUGGGUCUCAUGCCUGUUCCACCAGAGGGGCCAUUUGGGGGCCAGGUUCAUAAACCUACUGUCCUUGAAACGGUUAUCGAAGAAUCAACCAUUGCCUCCGCUUCACGUAUGAACACACCUGCCGUAAGUCAACAAGGAAAGCCCGCCAUUGAUGUUUUUGCAUUUAUGGAGCCGGAGGGCGAGGAGGAAGCCGGCAAGGACGACAGCGGCAGCGACAAGGACGACAACGACAACGACAACGACAAGGACGACGUCAACGAACCCGAGCCCGAGGACAACGUUGCGGACCCUGAGCCACCUCGGCCGUUGUCUGUCAGGCCGUUAUCGGUUACACCCUCCACCAAAUCCUCACUCCCCAGAUCCGAGAACGCCUUUGGGGUGCCCACUCCCGAGUUUAAGCCAGCAGAAGCACCACCUCGGCCACUUUCGCUUCCUCCGGAUUUUGCUGUGACACCUAUCACUCCCGGCGGCUACAAAUUCUUGGGAGGAUUUUUCCAGGUGGUUAACGUUAAUGCUGAUGGAACGGAUAGAGAGCCUGAUGAGAGCCAUAUUUUACUUGCAUCACCUCUGAGGCAUUCGCCAUCCCUACAUACCUUGUCGGACUCGGCGAAGGCUGCCCAAAAUGAGAAUAGGCGUUCUGUUUCUGGUUCCAGCAUUCAGCGGUCUCGUAAAGCCAGCAAGCCAAUUACUCCAAGACGUUCAUCUGUAGCUAGUCUUGAGGAAGUUCAUGAUGAACGCCCUAGAUCUCCGAGCCCGCCGCCAGAACCCAGGGCUUUGGAUACUCCGAGAACUCUCAAUCGGAUGCGCUCCAUUCAUCUCGAUGAUGAGGAACGUCCAAAGGCUUUGAGGAUAACCAAAUCUUCGUCUUUGGAAAACAUUCCAGAUCUCUCUCCUAGGCCAGAAACGCCAAGCGAACAGACUGAGGAGUCAGACUCUCCCCCGCCAGUUCCAGCUCAUAAGUCCAAGAAAUCUCGCACACCUGUUACGGAACCUCCGCUCUCUUCUACUCGAACGGGUGCCCCGCGGCGCCGGACAUCGAGCCCUCUCAAGCAUGAGUACGACCCCUCUUCUCCUUCGGGCUCUGAAGCCGAAGUCGACGAAGAUGAGGAGAUAGAAGAGAUAGGAGAGGCGAAGAUAGUUAUCGUAGAUGCAGUGGAAAGAGUGGAACCUGAGACUGGAGAGCUGGCUACGCAGGAAGAAGGUUCCUCUGGGACCUCGUCCUCUUCUUCUGAAGAUGAGGAUUCUGAUGAUGCGGUAUCGAUCUGUUCCGAGGAAGAGGAUGGCGAAUAUCCUCCGCCUAUGCUUUCAAUCCCUAGGCGUGUCUCGAAACAGCCGUCCGGUCUCGUCCAGUUGCCAAGGCAGCGGCCCUCUUCAGUGUCGUUGGACAGCACCCCAACUGUCGCGACAACGGCAACUGCUGCUACCUUGCAGGCGCCAGCCCCGGUCUUGAAGUUCCGAGCUUCAGUGUUCUCAUGGGCCACCAGUACAUGGGAAAAAGUGCAUCCGACCGAGUGCAGGAUCAUUAUCACGCCUGGACAUAUUGAGGGUAUUCCUUACUCGGCGCCCUCGCCGCCAGGGACCCCGAACUCUCAAGGUUCCCUUAAAGACAUCAAGAAACCGUCCGAUACUAGUUUGGAGUCGUGCAUGACAAUUUUCAAUAUCGAACUCACUCCUGUCACACCUGUGCGACGUGGGACGGCAGUCGACAUCUCAAUCCGCACACCAAAGAACUCCAAGUUCGGCGGAACGAGUCUUAUGCUACGAUGCCGCUCUCCCACGGAGUGUGAGAAUUUGUACAAUGCUAUCAAUCUUAACAGAAUCUAUCCGGCCAACUUUCAACCCCCGUCGACUUUGUUAAGCACACUCACGGUAUCCGAGACGAGUGAGACUUCAACUGGCGACAACACUAGUGUCAAGCGAGGUUGGGGAAGUUGGGGUAGGUCAAAGACUUACCGCAACGGGACUUCUAGCGUGCCCGGGAGUGUCAUCUCUGGUCAAUCUGGUCAAUCGGGCCAAUCUGAGAGCAGCAACUCUUCAGUCUUUGGACGAUUCCUUCAGAAGAAUGGCAUGCUGAAGAGCUCCCAGCUUGGCUCUAUGGCAUCGAUCUCAUCUGCUAGCUCUAACGGCGAUGGCUCCCGCACCGUCGUGCUCGAUGGGGAUCAGAUCUUCAAAAUCCGUCUGUACCGCCGCGAGAAUGCAUCCAAGUGGAGGGACCUUGGUAACUCUAGACUCAGUAUCAUGAAGCCGCCGUCGGGCCAUAAGCGUCACAAUGCCACCGGCGACGAAAAGAGGAUUAUUGCAACCAACAAGAAGGGAAACGUUGUCUUGCUGGACGUGGUACUGGGAGAAUCAUCGUUUGAGAGGGUUGCGAGAACGGGUAUUGCGGUGAGCGUGCUGGUUCCCGAAGGAGAAGAGAAUGGCACGGGUGUACCCGGGGAUGUGGGAGGCCUUGGUGCCAAGAGUGUUGUCUAUAUGAUGCAGAUGAAGGGUGAAGUGGAGGCGUCGUACGUCUUCUCGAUUGUCGGGAAGUUGAGAUAUUAG